UAUGGCAAUAAAGACAAUUCCUCAAUAAUGUACAUAAGCUGAGUACUGGUAAUAUGUCAGUCAAAAUAGCUACGUAACGUUCGUUAGGACGCAGUUCAUGUAUUGCUGUACAACCAGUUAGCAUUUGCUAUCAAACAUUACCAAUAUACACAAAUUGAAAAUUAUUUUGCAAAAGACAAUUCAGCCAAAGUCAAGGCAACAUAUUGAAAAGUUUUCAGCAAUGGCCACAUUUUCCAUUUCAUCAUGAAAUCAUAGUUUAAGAAGCGGACGUGUAGAAAACACUGAUUUCUGUAGUGGAGUUCAGGACGCGAAGCAAAGCCAUCAAACAAUACACUUUUUUCAAAGGUACCUUUGUUUGGACAAAUAGAAAAAUGACAACAAAAAUAGCCCAUAAGAGUUAAAUGUUUUGGCAGUAAUGCCAUAGUUUUUCAUGUAAGAACAAGUGAUUUUGGUUAUUAUCAAGACAACCAUGGAAGUUGUUAGAUAUCCCUAACCCUAACCCUUAAAUUAAACUCUUAUGAGCUAUAUUUGUUAUCAUCAUCAUAUUUGUCCAAACAAAUGUACCCUUAGUCUAUCUAUCUAUCUAUCUAUAGUAUAAUUUUCAUAUCUUACCUGUGGGGAACACGGUGGUCGAGUGGUUAGCAUGUUGGGCCACACAGUCAGGAGAUCGGCAACAUCUGGGUAAGCGGCAUAGGAAAUAGAUGGAUGGGUAUUUUACCUGUGUUGUAACCAUACAAAUAAAAUCUCCCCAUCAAUUCUCCCACCAAUCCUCCACAAGGCUGACAGACAGCGUGCACUUACAUCCGCUAGAUGGCGGCUUGUACAUUCUUGUUUGCGUUGCCACAAAAAAGUGACCGAAGAAGAAAUGCUAUGGCGAACCGGAAGAGACGCUGAAUUAAGGCAAAUUGUUUUUGUUGAGUUUUAGAACGUGUGUCACAUCGUUGCGUCCUCGUCGCAGUGUUUAAUGUUAAACGGUCGAGUGCGCCGAUAUGUCAGCGUGGCAAUAUAAGUAGGUAAUCUGCCAACACCACUUCAACUUCAACAUCAACAUAAUUUUAGUAAGGCUAGCCGGGCAGCUAACGUUAAACUUGCGGUUCUCUCUCGAUAAGGAAACCCUACUUAGUUGCUCUAAAUGCUGUAGAUUAAACUAUACAUUUUCAGCUGAGUUAACUAGGAGGCGGAAUUCCCACCAAGAGAGAACACAGCAGAAUGACAGAUGAUGCCGUCCUGCUGGAUGUACCUGUCGUUCGGCAGCUUUACCACUGGGACUGUGGUCUAGCCUGCUCCAGAAUGGUCCUCAAGUAUCUACACCCCAUCAGCGAUGAGGAGUUUCAGAGGGCGUGUUGGGAGCUGAGGAUGACAGAGAGUGUGUGGACUAUUGACCUGGCCUACCUCAUGUGCCAUCUAGGAAUCAAGCAUUGCUUCUACACACAGACACUGGGUGUUGAUAAGGGCUUUCGGAAUCAGUCAUUUUAUAAGAAGCAUUUUGAUAUGGAAGAAGACCGAGUGAAUGAGCUUUUCCUUAAAGCAGAGACCAAAGGUGUGCUGGUGAAGAAAUGCUCUGUGACAAUUCAGGAAAUUGAGUCCCACCUGGAACAGCGUCAUGUUGCCAUAGUGCUCAUCAAUGCUGUCAUCUUGACAUGUGAACUCUGCUCUGCACCGGUCAAAUACUGCUGCUUCCUCCCUGUGGGCCAGAAAUGUUUCUGCAGGAAGCCAGAGUAUCAGGGUCAUUUCGUGGUGGUGCGCGGCUUCAACAGGACCACUGGCUGCAUUUUGUACAACAACCCUGCAUAUUCUGACCGAAACUGAACAGGAACUGUACUGCAACUGAGAGCUGAUGAUACACUACCACAGCAUUCUACAGCGCCAUGCAGUACCCCGACUUGUGCCCGCUUUGUCAAGGGUUCUUCCUACAGCAAAGUUAUGACUCAAAGCAUAAGUAUUAACGCAUAACAUAAUAUUUUCCACCACACAUUCAUUAUUACACUGAGUGUGCUAAUAUAUAGUCCCUUAUAUUUCUUCAAAUAUUUCAGUAUACCUUUUCAUAGGACAACACUCAAGAAAUGACACUUUGAUACAAUGUAGUCAGUGUACAGCUUGGAUAACAGGACAUUUACCUCUGCAGUCCUCUCUCACUCCUCCAUCACAACUUCAUGGAACUGGUGGAUAUUAGACACCUUGCCCUCCACCUUCCGUUUGAGGAUGCCCCACGGAUGCUCAAUAGGGUUUAGGUCAAUCACCUAUACCCUCAGCUUCUUUAGCAAGGCAGUGGUGAUUUUGGAGGUGUGUUUGAGGUCCUUAUUAUGUUGGAAUACUGCUUUGCAGCUCAGUUUCCCAAAGGAGGGCAUCAUGCUUCGCUUCAGUAUGUUCAUGCACAUGAACUGUAGUUCCCCCAGUGCUGGCGGCACUCAGUCAGCCCCAUAUAAUGACACUCCAACCACCAUACUUGACUGCAGGCAAGACACACUUGUCUUUGUACUCCUCACCGAGUUGCUACCACACAUGCUUGGCACUAUAUGAACCAAAUACGUUUAUGUUGGUCUCAUGAGACCACAGGGCAUGGUUCCACUAAUCCAUGUAUGAUUGUCUUCAGCAAAGUGUUUGCAGGCUUUCUUGUGCAUCAUCUUUGGAAGAGGCUUCCACCUGAGAUGACAGCCAUGCAGAGUGCAGCGUAUGGUCUGAGCACUGACCGGCUGAUCCCCGAACCCUUCAACCUCUGCAGCAAUGCUGACAGUAGUCAUAACUCUAUUCUCCAAACACACCCUCUGGAUAUGACGCUGAUGUGUCCACUUAACUUCUUUACGAAUUUAGAAAUUUUCACUAACAGUGGGAGGUGUACUCACUUUUGUUGCCAGUGUUUUACACAUUAAUGGCUGUGUGCUGAGUUAUUUUGAGGGGAUGGUUGCAUUGAUGAUGGUUAGAUUGUAUAACAAGUUACAUUGUUAUACAAGCUGUACACUGGCUACUUUAUGUUCUACCAAAGUGUCAUUUCUUCAGUGUUGUCCCAUAAAAAGUUAGUAUAAAAUAUUGUGAUAGUGUGAAGUUGCGUUUUAGUAUGUAAAUCGGAACUUAUACCUAAAUUAUCUCCUAAGUCACUCACACUGUACACAGAACACACGUAGGACAUAUAAAAUACAGUAAAAUAUUAAAUACAAUAAAUUGAACAGUAAUAAAACAAGAACAACUUAUGACUUUUAUCCCUGUGGUUGCAGGGUUUUCUUUUUCUUUCAAGUGUUUGCUCCCAUAUCUCCUUGUAACAGUGCACCGAAUCCAUGACCCUUCAAGCAUUCAUUAGCGUUCAAUAAUCUUUUAUAUUGAUUCUGCAAAAGCAACGAACAAUGUUAUGAACAGAAAAGUAACCCCCAUAGAAUAAUAAACAGAAGUGCAAUGCACCUCUUCAAACAAUGGCUCUAGUUCAAAGAUUUAACAAACGAAUACUAAAAAAAAAAAAGAGAAGACAAAGUCAAAGCUCAGCUCAAGCAUUCCUCAGUCCAGAAAUGGUGUCAAUAUUUGUGACGUAGGCAACAAAGGCACUUCACUACUUCCUGAAGCUGCACUCUAAGCAUCGUGGGGACUGUAUUUUUAGCCAUAAAUGUGUGUGUGUGUGUGUGUGUGUGUAUAUACUGGAUAGUUCAGUUGGUAAGGCAUCCGCCUGUCAACCCCGACAAGGACUUGCGAGAAUGAGUGAAGUACCGCCAGAAAGUCUCCUAGCUGAUGUGAAUGCAGCAAUAAGAACGAUCGCUACUAUGACAGUCGCUGAAACCAAUGAGCUGACAUACAGUACAGCAACAGUGAUCCUGGAGAUAACAUGAUAACAUGAAGGUCAAGAAGGAGGCACCAUGGCGGAGAAGGUUGGAAGCCAAAAUCAAGGCAACACGGAUGGAAGUAAGCCAAUUGUCAGAACUCCAGAAAGGUGCAACCAGAAAAGAUGUCAGUCAGAUGUCAGUCAGAUGCCCAUACCUGAGGCUCUGGAAACUGCCAAACAAAGACUCCAAGCCUUGGCUGCAAGAUUGAGGAAGUACACGAGAAAUAGAAGCCCGGAAAAUAAACCGGCUGUUCUCCACUAACCCAACUAAAGUGUACUCCCAGUGGCAAGAACUAACCCACCAAGGCUAGAGACUGAACAAUACUGGAAAGGCAUACUGUAUGGGAGAGGGAAGCAUCACAUAACAGUGAAGCACAGUGGUUAAAAGAUCUAAGAGCAGACCACAGCACCCUCACUGACCAAGGCCCAGUAACCAUCACAGUGGCAGACAUCCAACAAAGAAUCUCAGGUAUGAAGAACUGGACAGCACCUGGCCCAGACAUGAUUCAUACCUACUGGUUAAAGAAGCUAACUUCACUCCAUGAGCGCCUAGCAGCACAAAUGAACCAACUGCUGAGGGAUGGGACCCACCCUGAAUGGCUACCCAAGGGGCGAACAGUCCUGAUUCUGAAAUCCCCCUCAGAAGGGACCAGUCUCAUCCAACUAUCAGCCGAUAACCUGUCUCUCCACAACAUGGAAGCUCCUGUCGGGCAUCAUACCAGCUAAGAUAAGUGGGCACAUGGAUCAAUACAUGACAGAAACACAGAAAGGCAUUGGUAAAAACACCAGAGGAGCCAAACACCAACUAGUGGUUACCAAGACUGACUAUGGAUACCGAAUUAAGAAUGGGGCCACCGUCAGUCACCUCCUCUACAUGGAUGACAUCAAGCUGUACGCUAAGAGUGAGCGAGACAUUGACUCACUGAUCCACACCAGCAGGAUCUACAGUGGGGACAUUGGAAUUUCAUUCGGACUGGACAAAUGUGCCUGAAUGGUAACAGAGAGAGGGAAGGUAGUCCAUACAGAGAGCCUUGCAGUCCCAGAGGACAGAAUAGUAGAUGUUGGGGUACCUUGGAAUACCACAGGCAAAUGGUAACCAUGAAGAGGCCACAAGGAAAGCGGCAACGGUCAAGUAUCUGCAACGUGUAAGGCAAGUCCUAAGAAGUCAGCUCAAUGGCAAGAACAAGAUCCGGGCAAUUAACAGCUACUGUAUGCCCUGCCAGUGAUCAGAUACCCUGCUGGGAUAAUAAGAUGGCCAAAGGAGGAAGUUCAGACCUAGAUGUUAAAACACGAAAGCUGCUCACCAUGCACGGAGGGUUCCACCCCAAAUCCAGUAUCCAGAGGCUAUACGCUAAGUGCAAAGAGGGAUGCCAAGGAUUAGUGAGCAUCAGGACCACUAUUCAAGACGAAACAUCCAAGCUUCACGAAUACAUCAGGAAGAGAUGAAGCACUUAGUGAAUGUCUCAGGCAGUGGAAACUGGAAAAGAAGGAGUUGGAGGAACCAUCAUGGGAGGAAAAACCCCUGCAUGGGAUGUACCACCGACAGAUAGCUCAAGUGGCAGAUAUGAACAAGUCGUAUCAAUGGCUAGAGAGGGCUGGACUGAACGACAGCACAGAGAUGCUAAUCAUGGCAGCACAGGGGCAGGCCUUGAGCAUCAGACAAUAGAGGCCCAGGUCUACCACACCAGGCAGGAUCCCAGGUGCAGGCUGUGAAAAGAGGCCCCUGAAAUAGUCCAGCACCUAAUAGCAGGUUGUAAAAUACUGGCAGGAAAAGAAUACAUGGAACGCCAUAACCAAGUAGCCGGUAUAGUGUACAGAAACAUCUGUGCAGAAUAUCGACUGGAGACCCCUAAAUCUCAAUGGGAAACACCUCCCAAGGUGGUGGAAAAUGAGAGGGCUAAGAUCCUGGAGGACUUCCAAAUACAGACCGAUAAGAUGGUUGUGGCCAACCAACCGCACAACAUCAUCAUAGAUAAGCAGCAGAGGACAGCCAUUUUGAUCGAUGUAGCCAUCCCCAAUGAUGGCAAUAUCAAGAAAAAGGAACACGAGAAACUAGAGAAAUACCAAGGGCUCAAGGAAGAGCUGGAGAGAGCCUGGAAGGUGAACGCAACAGUGGUGCCCGUGGUCAUAGGAGCACAGGGGGCCGUGUCCCCCACACUGGAGAAGUGGCUCCAGCAGAUACCUGGAGAAACGUCAGACAUCUCCGUCUAGAAGAGCGCAGUCCUAGGAACAGCUAAGAUACUGCACAGGACCCUCAAGCUCCUGGGCCUCUGGUAGAGGACCCAAGCUUGAGAUGAACAGCCACCCACCCUACCAGGGGAGAUGGGGGGUGGGUGAGGGAAGAGUUUGUUUUGUUUUUUUUAUACAGACCUGAUCAAAAUCUUAAGACCAGUUGGAAAAAUUGCUAGAAUUUGCAUUUUUCACGUUUGGAUCUUAAUGAGGUUUUAAGUAGAGCUACAAUAUGCAAAAGCAAGAAGGGGAAGUGAGACAAAAAACAUUUCGAACUUGUAAUUUAAACAAAAAAAAAGAACUGAAAUAGGUUGUUUAUCAAUUGUUUAAGACCACAGACUAUAAAAGCCAAAAUCUGCUCAAAAUUGUCAUUUUCUGUCGGGCAUUCACACUGUCAUGCCCUCCUGACUGCUAAAGCUAAGAAGCUUUCUCUUUAUGAAUGUGGUUGGAUUCUCGAGCUGCAUAAGCAAGGACUCUCGCAGCGUGCCAUUGCUGCUGAGGUUGGGCGCGGUAAGACAGUCAUUCAAAAAUUUUUGGAAGAUGCUGAUCAUUAUGGAACAAAAAAGUAGACCCAAAAAAAUCACACGUGCGCUUAGUCGGAGGAUCCGAUUGGCUGUCCAUCAAGACACAGGGCGGUCUUCGACCCAAAUUAAGGCCCUUACUGGUGCCGACUGCAGUGCAAUAACCAUCAGACGGCAAAGGGUUGGGCCUGUUGGGCUGUGGGCCUGUUUCUCUUCCAAAGGCCCUGGGAACCUUGUUAGGAUGCAUGGCAUCAUGAAUGCUUUGAAAUACCAGGAUAUUUUAAAGCAAAAUCUGGUGGCCUCUGCCCAAAGCUGAAGAUGGGUCGUCACUGGGUCUUUCAGUGAGAUAAUGACCCUAAACAUGUGGCCAAAUCUACACAGAAAUGGUUCACCAGACACAGAAUCAAGCUCCUACCAUGGCCAUAUCUGUCCCCAGACCUCAACCCCAUUGAAAACCUGUGAAGUGAGCUGAAGACGAGAGGACCCAGGUUGCUGGAUGAUUUAAAGAGACUGUGCAAAGAGGAAUGGUGGACGAUCCCUCUUUCUGUGUUCUCCCAUCUUGUGAAACAUUACAGGAGAAAAUUACCGUAGGUGCCAUUUGGUUGGCAAAAGGGGGUUAUGCAAAGUAUUAACAUCGGGGUGCUAAUAAUUGUGGCUCACAUGAUUUGAUGUAAAAUAAUAAUUUCUUAAUGUGUGAUUUUUUUUUUAAAUUUUCUUAAAAUGCACUUUAAUUAAAGUUUGGAUUUUCCUCUUUUUUCCAUUGUGGUCCUAUAUUUUUUAGAAAAAAAAGUUAGAAGCGAAAGAACACAUCUUAACCAGGGUGCCAAUAUUUAUGGAGGACGCUGUAUAUAAAGACAAAAACAGCCUCCAUCUGAAGUUUUGACUUGUAGGUGACAAAGCAUAUUAUUAUCUUUUUCUCCUUAUAUUACACUUUGUUCAUUUUUACAUUUAAAAAUGUUACUUUACAAAUAUUUCAACUACAUUUUUGCAAAUCUUUUUUCUCAUAUUAUGACUUUAUAACAAUAUUUGGAUUUCACUCUUGUAGUCUAACUUUUUCCCACCCUAAUUUUCCAAAAGUUUCUUUAUAUUUUGUUUUGUUCAUGAUAUUACAAUUUAAAAACGUCCUUCUUUUCUUUGUCAACUUUAGGCUUCUAAAAUAUUUUUUUUCCUCAUAAUAUUUUGACUUUAUUUUUCCUGAACUGAACGAUAUUAUACUAAUAUUAUAACUUUAUUUUCCUAAUAUGGUAUUUUGACAUUAUUCUUGUAAAGUUACUGCUGUUUUCUUCCAUUUUUGCUAAACGGACCACCUGUACUCACAUUAGUGAGGUUCUCCCAGUAAGAGUGGUGCCAAUUGUUCCAUCAGUUGUAUCAUAUGCUGCAAGAAAUGGGGGGGAAAAAAGGUUUUCACAAAAUUGUAAAACUGUUCGGACUGUCAUUAUGUGUGUGUGUGUU